GUGCACAACCCGCUGAACGUUUUUCACAUCACAGUGGCGGUCGAGGACGUGAAUGACAAUGCGCCGCGCUUCCUGCAAGACCAUUUCCAACUGGAGAUCAACGAGUUGACUUCUCCGGGCGCCCGAUUUUAUUUGGGCAUGGCGGAGGACGCGGACGUGGGCAGUAACUCGCUGAAAGGCUACGAUCUGGAGACGAACGAGUACUUUGCUGUGGACGUGAAGGAAAGGCAGGAUGGCAGUAAGUUCGCGGAGCUGGUGCUGCAUCGCGCCUUAGACCGAGAGAAAGAGCAGAAUUUGCAUCUGCUGCUGACGGCUGUGGACGGUGGAGACCCGCCACGGACCGGAACGGCCCAGCUCAGGAUCAACGUCACGGACGCCAAUGACAACCCACCCGUGUUCGCGCAGGACCGGUACCGCGUCAGCCUGCGUGAGGACACGCCUCCGGGAUCAAUGGUGCUGAACAUCUCUGCCUCCGAUGCUGAUGCCGGCACCAAUGCCCGCCUCACAUACAGCUUCGGGAAAAUGCCGGCCAAAAUGCUUCAGAAGUUUUUGCUGGACGCAGAGAGGGGGUCCAUCACGCUGCAUGAGGUGCUGGAUUUCGAGGAUACACGCACAUUCAGCCUGGCUGUGGAGGCCAGGGACGGGGGCGGACUAGUGGCGCAUUGCGAAGUACAAGUAGAAGUACAGGACGUGAACGACAAUCCGCCCGAGGUGACGCUGACGUCAGUGUCGAGCCCAGUGCCCGAGGACGCACCGGCUGGCACCGUGGUGGCCCUGCUAAAAGUGCGGGACCGAGACUCGGGCGAGAACGGUCAGGUGUCGUGCGAGCUGUCGGGAGAGGCGCCGCUGUCGAUCGUGGCGUCGUCGGGAGGCUCGUACAAGGUGGUGACGGCGAGCGCGCUGGACCGCGAGCAGGCGUCCGAGCACCGCGUGACGGUGGUGGCCCGGGACCGGGGCAGGCCGGCGCUGUGGAGCAGCACGGAGCUGGUGCUGGAGGUGUCGGACGUGAACGACAACGCGCCGGUGUUCGAGGAGGCGGCGUACAGCGCGUACGUGGCGGAGAACAACGCGGCGGGCGCGCUGGUGCUGCGCGUGCAGGCGCGGGACGCGGACGCGGGCGCCAACGGGCGCGUGAGCUACUGGCUGGCGGGCGGCAGCGCGGGCGCGGCGGGCGCGGCGCCGCUCGUGUCGGUGGAGGCGCGGAGCGGCGCGCUGUACGCGCAGCGCUCCCUGGACUACGAGCAGCUGCGCGAGUUCACGGUGGCCGUGCGGGCGCAGGACGGCGGCUCGCCGGCGCGCAGCUCCACGGCCACGGUGCGCGUCUUCGUGCUGGACCGCAACGACAACGCGCCCCGGGUGCUGUGGCCGGCAGCGGCGGGAGGCGGAGCCGCGGCGGCGGCGGGAGAGGCUCCGGGAGCGGCGGCGACUCCUUUCGAGGUGGUUCCGCGUUCGGCCGAGGCCGGGUACCUGGUGGCCAAGGUGGUGGCGGUGGACGCGGACGCGGGGCGCAACGCGUGGCUGUCCUACGAGCUGGUGCCGGCGUCGGAGCCGGCGCUGUUCCGCGUGGGGCUGCACAGCGGCGAGGUGCGCACGGCGCGCGCCGUGUCCGAGCGGGACGCGGCCAAGCAGCGCGUGGUGGCCGUGGUGAAGGACCACGGGCAGCCGGCGCUCUCGGCCACGGCCACGCUGCACGUGGUGCUGGCCGAGAGCUUGCAGGAGGCGCUGCCGGAGCUGAGCGAGCGGCCGGCGGGCGCCGAGGCGGCGGCGGCGGCGGCGGCCGAGCUGCAGUUCUACCUGGUGCUGGCGCUGGCGCUGCUGUCGGCGCUCUUGGUGCUGAGCGUGGCGCUGGCCGUGCUGGCGCGGCUGCGCCGGGCCGGGCCGCCCGCCGUGCUGCGCUGCCUGGGCGCGCAGCGCUUCUCGCUGGCCGGCGCCGCCUUCCCGGCCGACUUCUGCGAGGGCACCUUGCCCUACUCCUACAACCUGUGCGUGCCGGCGCCGGCCCGCGCCGUGCCCGAGGCCGCUUGGCCGCCGCCGCCGCCGCCGGUGCCCGUCCUGUCGGCGGAGGAGCUGCUGGGCGGCGAUUCCUGCGAGAAGCCGAGCCUGACUACUAACGCCGGGACGGGAGAGCCUCCGGCCGAUCCGGACUCACUGCAGGUCUGUAAAAGGAAUUCCUUCCUUCUGCGCCUUUAAAUAACGGCGUGGUGGUGGCAGGGAGCUUUUGUGCUUUUUUUCUUCCCUUAGUCUGUUAGUAAUUCCAUGACCCCGUGAAAAUACUCCUUCGCGUGUUCCUUUUUGCAUCAUGUGUUGCCAUCCAGCAAUUGCUGCCUCAUCUGCUGUAAGAAUGGUGAGCUCAGUUGGAUGUUCUUACCGUUCAUCAGUUUUGAAGCGCAUUUUAAUUCGUGACACAUUCUGAUUUAGCUGUAAGAGUUUCUUUAGGAAAAUUUUGGUUUUUUUUAAUUUUUGUGUGUUAUUAACGAAGGAGGCGGAUUUUCAUUGUGUAGAAUGAGAUUUACAUGAUGGUUGGUGUGGAGAUUUUUCCUUCCCGACAGUUUUUUGUCGAAGCUAUGUGUUUGGACCUUCUGAUAGGUGGAUCAAAUCCCUUCUUUUGAGGGAAGGGUGCU